UGAAUCUAUCUAGUAACUCAACCUCAACCCCUCACAGCCUCAUCAUCCCCGCUCAAACCCGUCCAAGCCGCCUCUGACGUGACUCCAACUCUAAUCACCAUUCACUUGUCAGGAACACAAUCUCUUUGAAACCCCUUUAACGAUAAGAAAAAUCUAUUCUCUUGGGUGUUCUCCGAAUCAGUGACCACAAUCCCCUCACACCCAUGUACCUCCUCCAUCUCCUUCUUCUCUGACAAUCUCCUCUACCCAUAAUACCCCCGUCCCCACCUCAGUCUACUCUCCUACGUAUCACCAUCUCAAUCAACAAAAGCCCCACCACCGACAUGACCUCCCCUUCAAGGGUCUCCCCUCCACCUCCAACUUUUUCCCUCGCACAAAUCCUAAACAUCCUCCCCGGCGUCGCCAUCCACCGCGAAAGCUACAUGCGCUGCCUCGCCACCACCAACCCCCAAUCAGCUCCAUCCGGCUGCUCCAACACCAUCAAUCAAGAUACCGCCAUCUACUUCCUACGCAACACCUGGGACAGAUUUGCCUCCAGAGGAACUAUGUACGAUAUUAUAGACAUGAUGGCCCCGGCGUUCCUCUGCGAGCACCACAAACACCAAGCCAAUCACCUAGCCGGUCUCUGGAAAAACGAAUUCAGCCGAUUCUAUACGUCGAGUGUGCUAAGCGCGUCCACGGCGCUGGCUGGAACUGUACCCCAAGUACAGGGCUACUCCCCGGUGCCGACUUCCGCUCCGCCGCCUGUAGUUUCUAUCCCCACUAUCCCCGCGACGCAUAACUCCACGGCCAGUCUGACGGUGCCCGCGUCCGAAUGGCCAACCGGCAUGGUCAAGCCGCGCCCGCUAGAAGGAGAGUGCGGGAUCUGUUUCCUGUCGUUUGUGGGCGAGGAGGCGAAGCAGGCACGGUGGAACGACAAGGUACCGUCGAAUGGGAGCUCCGCCCCUGGCAAUCCUGUAGACGGACAUGCAGGCGAACCUGACAAGACCGAGGAUGAUGAAGGGGACGACGAGAAUAGUGAGGAGCCCGAGGACGAGUGGGACUUUGAGUACGACCUGUUCCCGCUUAAAGGUGACUAUGAUGUCAAUAUGCUGGUGUGGUGUCGCGGGCACUGCGGGACGAACUUCCACCGUCGCUGUAUGGACCGCUGGAUUGAGAAGUUUAGGGGGGAUGCUGAUCCUACUUGUCCUAUUUGUCGCAGGGAAUGGGUGGAGUGGGUUGAGUAACCCUUUUUACUUUUGUCCACGGAGGUUUAUGGUUGGUUGUUGUUAGCCAGGCGUUUAUUUUUCAAUAAUGCACUACUUCCUUUCAAUA